AUGGAUUCUUUUGAAAAAGAAUAUCCAGAUUUGGCAGAUGUUUGCAAACACUUUUGGGAUUGCGGAAUAGAGUCAGAGCAAUUUUACACAGUUGAAAUUUCAAAUAUUGAGUCACUUUUAAAGCCUUUCUCAAUAAGUAAAAAAAAUUCAUUUAUCUCAUCUUAUUUUUUUGAGAAAAAUUUACAUUUGGAUAGAAAUAGUGAAUCCUCUUCAAAUACUAACAAUAAUAUUAUAAAUAAUAAGAGACCACAUUCACCAGAAGAUACUAUUGUAGCAGAAAUUGAUAAUCCCUGUAAGCGAUCAAAUUUAGAAACACCAGUGGAAGGUUUUAAUUUUUUUUUCCAUCUCUAUAGAUUAUUUUUAAUUUUUGUUGUUGAUCUGAUUAAAGUAUGUAUUACAGAACCAUUUACUUUUAAAAAAAAUGAAAUUUAUUAUUUAAUUGAGGGCAGUGACCAAGGGAAUUUUAUUUUGAGAAAAUAUGAAAAAUUUGGAAAAGUCGACUUUUCUAAAGUUAUUCCCAUUGUUAUAUACAGAUACAUUAAUAAAGACCCUCUGUUUUAUAUAAUAACUACUCCUGUUUUCGUGUGGUUGCGUGAUCAACUGGCUGAAGUUUUCCCAACCACUGAAAAAGAUUUGUGGUACAUAGAACACGCCAAAAGCACCAGCACCACCUUGGAAGUAUCUGAGGGAGGAAAAUUGUAUUGGUCCUAUAAAGAAGUUAGAAGAAAGUAUCGAAAAGUAGGAANCAAUCAUUGA